UUUUCUAUUAAUUUAAACGAAAGGCCCAAGCUAUGUUCUUCGGCUUUCCCAGCUCUUGCGAAUGGUGGUAGGGACUAUGUGAUGGAACAUGCGAUUUGCAUGACCGCGUUGUGCAAAGCGUAUUAUAAUGUCAAAUUUAAACGUUAGCCUCGCUUGUUUACUCAAUGAUAAGAUAACCUUGGUGGUAUUACGUGUUUACUUAGUCAUCGCUUAAAACAUCGUUGCAUAAAAACGUUCUGCCAUCGAGUUCUUAGCAUAACGACUCGAAGUUGAUGUAGGUAGCUUCAUGUAUAUAGUGGUGAGCGGUGCUAAAUAGUGUUAAGGGAAUGUGGGUAGGGUAUGUACAUAUUGCAUCCGUUUUCAAGUGUAAAUGAUAAGAAUUGGAAUUAAGCCUACAUGAGUGAACUACAGUGGGUAGUGUUUUUAGUGCAGUACAUAUAACUUGUAUAUUGGAUUUUGAGGUGAGAGCCGGAGCGUGGACAGCAUGGGCAGCCACAGCGACCUGUCGGUCCACACGACGGUGACCUCGCAGCAGCCGCAGCGGCCCCGGAUGGAUGUGGCCUGCGUCAUGGACCUGCACCAGCCUGAGGGCCUGGCACACCGGCGCCGGGCACUGGAUGAGGUGCGCCAGGCCUGCAGCCUCGUGGGCGCCAACCUCCACCACAUACAGUACCAGAAACUGGAUUUUGGGGAGACGAAUGUGCUGGACACGUUCUACAAUGCAGACGUGGCUGUGGUGGAUCUGUCGAUACAGCUGCAGCAGAGCACUCUGUUCUACCACUUGGGGGUGCGCGAGAGCUUCGGCAUGAAGGAGAACAUCCUCCUCUACAACGACUGCGACUCCGAGUUGACGCUUCGACUGAAGUUGUCAUGUGGCAGCUACACGUUUGUGUCGUACCGCCUGGUGGAGUGCGGAACGUGCGUGACGACAGACCCUGUGCGGAUGGCGGGGGAGGAGAAUGCUCUCGACCCGAAGCAGCACCUCACGCUGCGGCUGAAGAAGCUGCUGCAGGACGUCGAGGUGCAGUCCAAGGCGCAUAUGAAAGAGAAGUUCUUGGCUGACUUGCGCAAAGCCCGGGAGUCCUUCUCGGGGGAAGAGCUCGCGAAGGUCCUGCACAACAUGCGCAAGCGGCUGGACGACCCAAAUGUCCUCUCCGGUGAGGUGGUCCUGAAUGUUCUCAUCUCAUUCCGUGAGAUUCAGGACUACGACGCCAUGGUCCAACUGGUGGACGAACUCAAGACCCUUCCCAGCAGGAAGAACUACAUCAACACCCCAGCCCUCAUACACCUGUACGCUUUUGCCCUCAACAGGCGCAACCAGGAAGGGGACCGGGAGACGGCGGUGCGGGUGAUAGAGAAGGCCCUGGAGAAGAAGGAGAACCACGUGCCCGACAUGCUGUGCCUGUGCGGGCGCAUCUACAAGGACAAGUUCGUGGAGUCGCGGCACGCGGACAAGGAGAGCUUGCGCUCCGCCAUCCACUGGUACCGCAAGGGCUUCGAGGUGCAGCCCAACGAGUACGCGGGCAUCAACCUGGCCACGCUGCUCGUCAUCGACGGCAGCGAGUUCUCCAAGUCGGAGGAGCUGCAGCACAUCGGCAUGGUGCUGAACAAUCUGAUCGGCAAAAAGGGCAGUCUCUCAUCCCUGAAGGACUACUGGGAUGUUGCGACGUUUUUUGAAAUCAGCGUCCUCGCGGAGGACUAUGCGAAGGCUAUUCAGGCAGCAGAGGUUAUGUUCAAUCUGAAGCCACCGAACUGGUACCUCAAAUCAACCAUAGGCAACAUAUCUCUUAUUGAUCGUUUCCGCAAGAAGAACGAGGAGUGUGAGGCGUCACCAGAGGAACAACUGUUCCACUUCUGGAUGGAGUACUUUGUGGAAGCCACCAAGACUGAAGUGGGAGACUGUAUCCGAUUUCCAAUGCUGGUCCUGGAGCCGACGAAGCAGCUGAUGCCCAGCUAUGUGAACGUGAACCUGGGCGCGGAGGAGAAGUCCAUCCAGCUGUGGAACUUGUGCAUGGACAGCAUGAAAGGGACUUGCCGGCAAGUUCACGACUGGCUCUUCACUGCCAACAUGAUCAAGAGUGUCAGCUUGUACAAGCGAGAUGCGCGCUGCCUGUUCCUGUAUGUUCACCAGAACUCUGACGACUUCCAGAUAUUCCUGCCGUCAGAGCACCAUCGUCAGAGGUUCCACGGCUUGGUUCUGGAGAUGACAGCCGACCAGGAGGGCAUGGUGACAGACCUCGACUCUGACAUGAUGGCAGAUCAGAUGAAGUUUGAGUAUGAGCUGGAUGACAACUGCAAGAGGAUAUUGCUUGGGAAAGGAACGUACGGAGUUGUGUUUGCGGCAAGGGACCUCAACACCCAAGUGAGGAUAGCUGUAAAGGAAAUUCCUGAAAAGAAUUUAGGAGAUGUGCAGCCUUUGCAUGAAGAGAUAAAACUCCACUCACAGCUGAGGCAUCGCAACAUUGUCCAGUAUCUGGGCUCGGUGUCAGAGGAUGGUUUCUUUAAAAUCUUCAUGGAGCAAGUUCCUGGAGGAAGCUUGUCUGCUCUCCUGAGGUCAAAGUGGGGACCACUCAAAGAGAAUGAGUCAACCAUCUCAUACUACACAAAACAGAUCCUGGAAGGUCUCAAGUAUCUCCAUGACCAGAAAAUUGUGCAUCGUGAUAUCAAAGGUGACAACGUGCUGGUGAACACGUACAGCGGCGUGGUGAAGAUCUCGGACUUCGGCACCAGCAAGCGGCUGGCCGGCCUUUGUCCCAGCACGGAGACUUUCACCGGCACGCUGCAGUACAUGGCCCCCGAAGUGAUAGACAAGGGGCAGAGGGGGUACGGAGCUCCGGCUGAUAUUUGGUCCCUUGGUGGCACCAUAGUUGAGAUGGCCACUGGAAAACCACCGUUCAUUGAGCUUGGCUCACCUCAGGCUGCAGUGUUUAAGGUGGGCUAUUAUAAAAUUCACCCUGAGAUACCGUCAGAGCUGUCCGAGAAAGCAAAGAACUUCAUUCUGCGAUGUUUCGAGCCGGACCCCGACAAGCGAGCCACAGCUGCUGACCUGUUGGAAGAUUGCUUCUUGACAGAGAAGAAGAAGAGCUCGCGAUUGGCGCCUCAGCAGGAGUUCAGCCGGAGUGUGUCUGUCCCGGCGGACCGCAUGCUCUCUCGCUACGACAAGCUCAGCAGUGGCUCCACGGGCAGCGCCAAGGACAACAUGUCCUCAGACGAGAAUAGUCCUGGCUUCAAUACUAAGUCGAAUCCUGUGCGCGCCCGGGGGCCGGUCCUGCUAUCUCCCAUCACCAUGCCUGCGGCUCUGUCUUUCUCCAGCUCGACGACGACGUGCGAGUCGGACCAGGAGGGGCUCAGCAUGACUCGGCGCAGCUCGUCGGGCGGCCUCCUCUCCCCCGAGGUGGAGCUCAGCACCGGGCCCAGGGCCGAGCAGGACGGCUUCUACCUGCUGAAGAAGGACUCGCAGCGUCGCAUGACGCUGUCGCGCGUGCUCAGUCAGGACGAGCACAAGAUAUGCGAGGUGUGGAUGAAGAACCUGUGUCGCGACGUCGGGGACACCGCGCUCACGCCGUCCCUGCUGGAGACGCUGAUCAGAGGCCUCAGAGACUUCAUCUCCGACCAGAACAAGGAGGCCCUUGAGGCUGCCAUCCACACGCUGAGGGAGGAACUGGACUUCGACGCUGAUGCCAUCAACCAGCUUCAUUUUGCCAUCUACUUGUUCCAGGAGUCUGUGAACGUAGUGUUGCGACUGCACAGCAUCAAGCCUCAUUGGAUGUUUGCGCUGGAUAACUUGGUGCGGAAUGCAGUCCAGGCAGCUAUCACUGUGCUGUCACCUGAGCUGGGUGCUAAUUUAGCGGGUCAUGAAACCCACCGAAUGCGCGGGACAGAAACAGAUGGCGGUGGCGAGGGCUCUACGUCCAUGUCGACUGUUAAUUCUGUGAAGUCUCAGAAAACAGUGGACAGUUUCUCAGACUCAAAGUACCGACUUGAGUACCAGGAGCAGCUAGUCGCCAUAAAGCAGGAGAAUGUCAGGCUGCUGCAGGAGCUGCUGGACUCCCAGAAGGCAUACCAUGCCAUGCUGAAGCAGCACCUCGAGGACAGCAAGCUGCAGAUGCAGGUGCUGCCGCAGCUAGUGCAGCAGCUGGGUCUGCUGUUUGCCGACCGCUCCCGUCUCGACACCGGGUACAGCUCUCAGAGGUCAGCGGGAACAUCAGAGCCGGCCAUGUCUCCUGUCGGGCUCCUGCCACAGAUAAGUGUGACGGACAGCUCUGCAGACCCUGCACUGCUGGAGUGGCUCCAGGGUUUAAGUCUGGACCAAGGAUCUGUAGAAAGGUUUUUAAUGGAGGAAUAUACGCUGAAUGAUGUACUUCUCUUCGUGACCAGAGAAGAUCUCCGCAGGAUGGGAUUGAGGGGCGGGGUGGAGCUGAAGGUGUGGCGCGCGGUGGCGAAGGCUCGGCAGGACCGCCACGCCCGCGAGACCAACCACUGGAACCACGUGGACCAGGUGGACUAGCAACUAGCUCACCUCGGCUGGCUGGCCCUGGCACUGGCCGCGCUCCUCCUCUGCUGCCCGUGGUAGCCGUCGCGCCGUGCCGUGGUGACGACGUUUCCUUUGGAGACUCCAAAAUUUGUACCUCAGUCCAUUAGUGUCACAACUCAGGAAGUCUGUUGUGCUGCAAAAAACCACGUUUUUGUGAGGCUCGAAUUUCAGAUUAUUACAGUAAUAUUAACAUGCGAAAAAUAUGUGGUUUUCUGAGUUGUAACACCAAAGUAACGAUGUAUCCACUUGACUUGUUCCUCAGUAGUGGUUAUCCAAAUGUGCAGCAGGAAAACUGCGCAGUUGCUCACACGCCAGCUUUUCAUUGGCUUGUUGUACGGUAUUAGCUGGAACUUAUAUCACCGAUGGGAAUUGUUUUUCAUCGUUUUUUUUUUUUUUUUUUUUUUUUUUUUUUUUUGGUAAUCAGUGCUUCCCAUUUAAGAACUGUCAUAAAUGUCAAUAUGUUUUCUGCUGCUGUUCCUUUUGAUUAUUCAGUGCUGAAUGUGCCUUGUAAGCUAAAUAUUUUACAUAGAGUUUUGUCUAAUGCAUACAUGGGUGAAGGCUUGAACUUGUGAAAAAAAAAAUAAUGGCCAAUUUUUAAUUGGUGGAUAAAGAGAAAUUUAAAGGAACCAGGAUCUUCAACAAAAUUGAAAAGGGAAAAAAAAUGUUAACAUAGUUAAACUUUAUUGUAGUGGAUAGCAAAAUUCUGUAUUUUUAUAUAUUGAAUUAAUUAUGUAACACGGAAAAGAGGGUAUAGAUAAACAGGAUAAUAUUUAUUAAAUAUGCUAGAUGUAUACUACAGAAGCUGAAGUUAUUUUGAGCAUCAUUUUGCAUUGGGUAUAAAACACUUGCAUGUCUUGCACAACCACUAAUAUUGGAUGAGGGUAUGUGGUGUAGGAAUUCUUUAUAAUGUUUUUAGCAAAAGUUAGUGCUAAGGCAGUUUAGGGAGGCACCAUAAUCAGCACAAUAACUUCUACAUACACUUAUUUUUGACACUUUAAAGUCACCAACAUAUUCUUUGCAAUAAGAGCACACAAAACCAUAGCUAAAGACAUAUGUAAAUAAUAUCAAAUGCAAUUGAAACUUUGUAGUGUCCGGCUGCCGUGUAAACAGCCUAUAAUCGCAGCCGGACCAUGGAGUGUUCCUACACAGAGCGACGUGUAUCGUUGCCAAGUCUAAGGGAUAGGUACCCCAGAGAAGUAACUGCAGGCAUCAACUUGAAGACUGUCCUUUUAUUAAGCACAUCUUAAACUCCAUAUACGUUCUCUACUAAAACAGCUUACAGAAUUACAUGGCACGUCCGACGCCAAUCAGUCCCACACUCAAGUGUCCACCAGCCUUCCCUUGUCUUGUCUUCUACCACAGAUUUCCCCCUCCCCCAAGUCCAUCGGGCAGUUCUUGGUCACGAGGCCUGCCUUCCAUCGAAGCUUCCACAUUUCCACGAGCACACAAGCAGACUCAUGCGUUCUGUUGCUCCCGUCUGCCUUUUACUGUGCAGUCGGGCCUAGGUGGGUUCUAGUACUGAGCGAUACACUCGCUGAUAGCUAGGGCCAAUGAAAAAUGGUAAAUAAAAAAGGCCCAUUUCGGUGAAUAAAAAGAGUUAUUUCGGUGCAAAAUUUCGGUGAAAAAAAAAUUGUUUAGUUAGAAAAAAUAACUAUUUUGUCAUUCUAAUUGUAUACACUUAUAUAUGUUUGAUGGAAUUAUUGUUUUAUUUGGUAAAAAUUUAUCAAAAACAAUGUUUUAAAAGUACAUGUACAUCUAAAAUUUAGCACGCUGCAUUUGUAAUUAAAAUUCUCAAGAUUACAUACAAAAAGAUAGGAAACUGAUAAAAAACGUUAGUGGCUCAAGUCCAUUUAGACUAUCUCUGAAAAUCAGCUAUUAUAUAUUUUCUGCAAACUAGUCCCCACCAAAACACUGUACUUAUUCAACAGUACAGAGUAUUGUUUUUUUUUAUUUGUCUACGUUUUUCACCGCAACUGCGUGUGCGGUAUUUGUUUAUGUAUAUGUUGGCACUCUUGACUGGCAUUUAUUUUCGUCCGUUGCCAUGACAACUACGAAAAUAAACAGUCGCCUCGGUUAGGACGCCCAGAUACAACAAUUAGCAUUUUGAAAGUUAUGAUUUGAUUGGUUAAUAUGGAAGUGACGCUGUUUUCUGGACUGCGUUUGGCCGAUUCAGAGAAAGGAACAAAGAGUGAGUUAAGGCCUAUUGACGAUGGCGUCACCAGACGCAUUUGUGGUCGGCAAAAUAAUGUGAUUUUUGUCGUUUUAUGGCCUUCUACGUCUCGUAAGAACGUGUGCGACGACGGAGACUGAGUAGGCGUACGUCUGAAUGUAAUAGUUUUCAUACGUGAAAUAUAUGGUUCUAGAGUAACUUGACGCUUAGUUCCAGAACCGAUGCUUGACACCUAUCUUUGUUCACCUUGUGCGAUGCUCGAAAUUUACAGUGUUUUUAACAGUCGAUUUGCACAUCAUGAUGCCUUUUUAUUUACUGAACACAUAAAAUACUUCGUCGUAAUAUUCUUUAGCUCUUUCGAAAACACAACUUUCGGCAUUUUAUAUGUUUAUAUCCACAGUGACCACGGUAAUAUGACCAACAUGCCACAAAAACUUUAACGGAAAACGAUCAUAGAAUGCGAGAUACAUAUUACAUCCACUCGGAAAUAAAGAACUUAAACUCGACAGACACGCACUCGUGAAAAUAAAAUCAUAGAACAUUUCGACACUCGUAACUACCAACGCCAUCUGUGAUUUGUCCACCAGUUGCUAAAGUGAUGAUGUUUAUUGCCACACACUACUCUAUGGGUGCUAGAGAAAAACAAAAGCAAAGAUGGCGUCUCACAUAUAACCUCUUGUAAUAAUAAACGUUUUGUGCAGGUUCCAGAAUGAUUCAACGUGAUUUUUCGCGAUAAAAAAGGUUAAUUUCGCGCAAAUAUCGUGAUUUCGUCAUAUUUCGUGAAAAACUACGGAUUUCGCGCAUCACAGUAAAUUUCGUUAAAACGAAAUGCAGUAUAUUAACGUCUUAUCACUACCAAGUAAGGUUAUUUGUAUUACACAUCAUGUGCAAGUGAUUUUUUUAAAAUUUUGCGAUUUCGUCAUUAACGAAAUUUGACUACCCCUACUGAUAGCCAAAAUUAAGGGAUAGGUACCCCAAGAAGGAACUCCAUGAAUCUGUGGAAGAUCUCUUUUACUCCUGCUCCCAACUCUACACUUCAUGUUCUGAUAAAUUACGACCAAAUAUUACAUUGUCAUCUAAAUAGACCAUACAUUUGAUUCCUUGGAGCCCUGCUGACACCGUAUUCAUGUCUUUGGAAGGGAGCAGGUGCUCCCUUUAAGCCAAAAAUCAUUCGAGUAAACUCAUAUUGGUUACAGGGAGUGCUGAAAGCAGUUUUCUUUUGGUCCUCGGGGUGCAUUGGCACCUGUAAAUACCCACUAGCUAGGUCAAUAGUUGUAAUGUAUCUCGCCUGCCCCAAAUGAACAAGAAUGUCUGUAAUAUUCGGAAUGGGAAAAACUCUGCCUACAGUCAAGGCGUUCAAACCACGAAAGUCAACUACAACUCUCCAUUUUUGUUUACCUGAUGCACCUCGUUUCUUAGGUACCACUAAAAUAGGUGCGUUCCAGGGGCUUCGGCUAGGUACUAUGAUUCCAUCCUUAACCAUUUCUAAUUCUUACCUACGUACUUCUUCCUUAUGUGCCUCUGGGAUGCGAUAAGGAUGAACAUUUACUGGUUGCGCACCCUCCACUGUGGGAAUAGUAUGUUCCAUAGUAGGAGAGAAGGUAAGUUUAUCUCCGGGAAGAUGAAAAAUGUCGGCAUACUGAAAACAUCUUUCAAUUGCUUUUCUUUCUUCGUCAUUUACAUGGUCUAAUCGCAACAGUUGCCUCAAUAAUUUAAUGUGGCUAGAUCGUUCUCCCUUGCUGGCUAUUUGUCUAAUUUUAUCAACCGCGUCUAGAGUUACUGUAGGAGUGGGGAUUUUUAUUGUUUCAGUUGUGUUCAAUAUGCUACAAAUACAAGUCCCAUUUUGGGCUGUAGUCAAACUAUUUGCCAAAUACAUACCUUUCUGCAAUUCCCGUUUUUCCACUUCUCCUUCUCCCUCGUCAGUAGUUCGGGCUACCAUUUUGAACUCACACCUAGCAGGAAUUAAUAUUUGGUCUGAAAUUUCUUUUACAUUUUCAUUAUUGUUUGUAUUUAGUGUCAUUGGAAGGUUAAUUCCUAACUUCUGUAACAUCACCAUUUGUUGUGGGAAAUUUAUAAUGGCUUUUUGUGCAACUAGAAAAUUAUUUCCCAGAAUUCCCGUACAAGGACAAUUUUUAACGACAUGAAAUUUAAAACUAUGUUCGUUGUGUUUCGUUCCUACAUUUAAGAACAUUACUAGUGUACCCAUGGUCGUUACUUUAUCGUGCGCGAUUCCUUUCAGGGUGCAACGGUUUCUCCGGUUGACCCGUUCCUUAUCUUGUCUCUUUAAACAGUUAUAACGUUAUAAGCAUUUAAACUAGGGAUGGGGCGACCAAAUCCAAUAUUCGCCGAAUCUGCCGAAUCCUAGGGAUUCGAAGCUUCGGCGGGUCUGAUAUAGGAUUCGUCAAAGGAUUCUGUUUUUUACUAUUUACGGGGAAAAAAUACAGUAAAACUCGCUUACGAGGUCCCGCAUGAUAGGUUCUUCCUUAUAAAGUGUUUAAAUUGCCCGAGGUCUCAUCAUUUACGCCAUUAAAUGUGUGAUAUAAAGUCCGUUAAAAUUUUUUCUGAAAAUUCCGGUAUCAAAUAAUGGCGCACGUAAAUAUGAAGAACAUACAAAUGAACAACAACAUACGAAGAAAUAUGGAUGAUGUACCAUAACUACAGUACAAACCCAAUAGUUAUUUUAAGAUAAUUACCAUAAAAAAAACUAAAGAUUCUUUGUAGAAUACCAUAAUUACUACAGAAGCAUGAUAGCUACCAUAUUUGCACUAUAGUUACCGUAACAACCGAGAUGUAUAUUUACCGUGAUAGUAAUGUAUUAUUUAUUUAUGACAUUAAAUUAAAGAACAUUGUUGAAAAAAAAAAGGAUGUUAAACUUUGAUAUGUACGGUUGGCACAUGUUGCUAAGAAAUAAUGCGAUCUGAAAGAAUGCAGUACUACUACGAAAAGUGAAAAUGGUACUCGUGGAUUUUUAGGUUAUGGCAGUCUCUUUCAUUUUUCAGUAAUAUCAGCCGAAAAUUAACAAGCGCACUGUAUCGGAAGUCGGCAGAAAUGCCGAUUCAACUAAAUAUUGGCAAAAUCGGCUUCUUCAAUACAGCUCUACAUUUAAUGACAUGAGUAAACAUAUUUCAGACUUCAGGAUAUUGAAAAAGACUUUAAUUUCCAUGUACUUAGGUUUAUUGUGUGUACUUAUGUUUUUUUUUGCAAGUGUAAAUUGAAUGAAGUAAAAUGCUUUUAUUUUAUUAUAUUCAAUGAUUAAACUUUAAUGACCAGUUACAGAUAUUUGUGACACUAAUUUUGAGGUUAAGCAAUUUUACUAAAGCAUUCCAGCCAAGUAGGUUGCCAGCGAGAGACGCUUCUCUUCUGCUGGAAACACUAUCUCCAAUCAUAGAGCUAAUUUAACUCCUGAACGUGCAGAACAAAUUAUUGUUCUGCAUGAUAGAUUAAAGAACAGAAUUUAAUACUCUGUGACAAUCUCUCUCAGAAUUAUUGUGCUGAAAAGUAGAAAUGUUGAAACAAUGUGAAUGUACUUUUCAAACAACAUGAUUUUUGGUGCUAAGUUUGUUGAAGCUCAGUAAGGACUCCAGAAAAAUUGACAAGAAUGAAAUUUUUCCAAAGAUAUGUUACAUUUACACAAACAUAUACUUGGUUAUGUUAGUUGGAUGAUAUCAAAUCAGUUACUAAUGAACCAAUGUAAACAGGUAAGAUUCAAUGGAAAAAAAUGUUAUUUUUUUUCUAGCAGUGCAAAAUGUAAACACACUCUGUAAAUAGUUACCCAAAAUUAAUAAGCCCACUUCAUUUUAAUAUUUUAUUCAAACAUUAUACUAAGUUUAAGAUAAAAAUAAUUUCCCAAAAGUGUAACUGUACCACAAAAGCUCGAGCUCGCUCGAGCUCAGCUCGAAGUAAAAUUCUUAGGCUCGCAGACAUCUAGCUUAUUUAUAGAAAAAAAUCCUAACCGCUAAUCUGUACUAAAACUGAAAUUUCUCAAGAAAAAUUUUUUGUCUUUAUAUACAAUUAUACCAGAAAUGUACCAAACUGCAUGUGAUAAAGUCAAGGGACUUUUAGUGCAAGCAGAAUACAUCUCACUUACAUUAGAUAUGUGGACAUCAUCUAUUAAAAGAUUCGGGUUUGAGUUCGAGAUUCAGCAAUUCCAGUCCAGGAUUUGAGUUAGGAUUCGGAUUCGAGGAAAUCAGGAUUCGCCCCAUCCCUAAUUUAAACUUAUCUCGGAACCUGUAUCAACUAACAUCCUCCUAUCAACAUUUUCCUCUAUCCCGCAUAAUGGCAACUCAAUAAAGGUUAACGUCCGUUCUACACACACGGGAGUUUUGUUUCUGUUAUUAUUGCAGCCUAGAGGUUGUUUGCUUGUUAUGCUAGAGGAGUUCAUUGGCUGCUUCUGACUCCUCAAUUCUUGUUUCCCGACUCAUAGUUCAUACCUCUAGAACAAUGCUGACUCGAAAUACCAGGCUGUGUAAUGCAUUGAGAAGUAGAUGUUCCAGUUACGUAUUGGGGACAGAAACGUCUUAUGUGUCCUUUUUGUCCGCAAUUAUAACAAAUAAUAAUCAGGUUUACCUGUCGCUCACUUUUUAUUUCUCUUUUGAGAAAACAUUUUUCCACAUACCUUAUUGCAAUUCGUGCACUUCAAAGAGUAUCUAGAGUCUCUUAUGUUGGUGUUCAUCCACGCUCGACUCUUAAUUUUGUCACGUUGGGAGUAAAUAUUACUUUCUUUUUCUAAUUCCACUUCUAUAGCAUCCCCCAGACUGCUACAUUAUUCCCCCUGCUUCGAAUUAUUACCUGUAUUUUCUGUUCUGACAAUCCUUGUACAAAACUAGCCUUAGCUAAGUGAUCAAUCAACGCUUGGGCCCCUUGCAAUUCAGCCUCUGCUACAACUCGUGCCGUGGCUUCCUUUAACUGUGACAUCAUGGAGUCUAGUCUGCUUCCCCACAUAGCUACCAAUUCAUUCCUACCUUGUCUAGCAUUGAACAUCGUACAUGCAUAAUAAUCAAGUGUUCUCCUAACGGAAUAAUUUUCCUCCAAAACAUUGCGUACCCCUUCCCAAGUAUUAACAGUGGUGCGUGCCAGUAGUUUCGUCUUAGCGUCCCCAGUAAUUUUUGCUUUUAUAAAUAUAAGUAAUUUAUCAUACUCGUUGGGGUUUAUGAUUACAAAUGCUGCUUCUCAAUUAUCUAUAAAUUCCUUCAAUUUAUUUUUGUUACCAUCAAAUGGCUCUCCUAUCAACUUUAAAGUUUCCGACAAACUACAAUAAUUAACUUAGUUCUCUCUCUCCUGGCGCGCCAUCUUAAAUACUAACGUAUCACACGGUUAAACUUACCAAAUAUGUGGACACAAAAACGACCUUAAGCAGUAAUUACUUGGUUCUGCAAUCACUCACAAGGAAUAGGAAUGCUGAGUGUGACUGACCUGACUAUGCGUCUUCUCUCUUCCUUCUUCUUUAUUCUUACUUCUUACUUCUCUCUUCAUUCGCCAACGCCACGCUGUCUUGAAUCUCUGUCGCAGACUCCCGACAUCUUCCUUCUUCGUUCAUCGUUGCUGUCUGGAAUCUCCUCAUGCCCGUCGUCCCGAUCACAGCCGGCUACUCGGCGGCGCUGUCGUUACGACGUGGAACGCUGAUUCCGCCAACCGUUGGGCUCCAGCAUAGACGAUUAUUUCUUCCUUCCAAUUGGUUUUCUUGUCGGAGAGUGGUGUUAGCAAGCUUCUCCAUACACAUUACAAGUGUGCUUCAGUGAUGCGACCUUCCACUCUUCUUCACUCAGCAUGACGAAACUACCUCUUGUCUCAGCUCCGCCGUCGUCUUCAUUUGUUGCUGCCUGUUCUUUCUUCCACUUGGCUACCCCACAUCUGACACCAAAAUUGUAGUGUCCGGCUGCCCUGUAAACAGCCUAGAGUCGCAGCCGGACCGUGGAGUGUUCCUACACCGAGCGGACGUGCAUUGUUGCCAAGUCUAAGGGAUAGGUACCCCAGAGAAGUAACUGCAGGCAUCAACUUGAAGACUGUCCUUUUAUUAAGCACAUCUUAAACUCCAUAUACGUUCUCUACUAAAACAGCUUACAGAAUUACAUGGCACGUCCGACGCCAAUCAGUCCCACACUCAAGAGUGUCCACCAGCCUUCCCUUGUCUUGUCUUCUACCACAGAUUUCCCCCUCCCCCAAGUCCAUCGGGCAGUUCUUGGUCACGAGGCCUGCCUUCCGUCGAAGCUUCCACAUUUCCACCAGCACACAAGCAGACUCAUGCGUUCGUUUGCACAGGGCAUUGAGCAAGUAUACAUGUUUAUUGACAUUGCUGCCACUGCGUGGUUCCUUGACGUCAGACUUUAGUACACUAUGAUUAAGAUUUUCACAAACAUUCUACACGCAUCAUCUAGCCAACUGCGUGUGUCUUUUAACUAUAAUACUGAUAAUUGAAACUAAAUUUUAUUAUGCAAAUUGUUGCAUAAACUGUGCCUUGUAUCAUUCUUUCAUUUGUCAUUCAAUUAAAUAUUUGCCAUUAUUAUGUCAUGAGAUUGGUGUCAGCCAUGUAUGUAUUGUCUUAGUAGCACAAUUUUCUGUGGCAUAAUGUUAUGCCAUAUUUGCCUGUGUGAAAUUCAGUAAUUUUUUUAGUUAUAGCUCUAUUCAAAAAAGUAAACACUAAAAUGUACUCAUAAUAUAUGAUCUACAAAAAAUUGUUGUAAGUUUUUAUCUUUGUUAAAGCUAAAUCAAAAUUUAGGCAUGGCUUGCUUUUUAUUUAUACAUACAUAAAUAUACAUGUAAUUAUUUAUAUGUAUUCACAUAAUACCAUUUUUAAAUUUAUGGUACUUAUCAGAAUCAAAGACUGGAACAAAUUUGUUAAAUGUUGUGAAAUAUAAACCUACUGUGAAUUGAUGUUCUGUGUUUCUAAUAGCGAUAGGCACAAAUUGUAUUAAAAAAAAAAUUAUGCCUUACAGUAAACAUUUGCUUUUGAAAUAUUUCCCUCUUAAGUCUUAAGAACUUUUCCCUGAUAAUAAGAUUUUAACAUCUGGUACCUUGAAAAAGUCUUAACAUUGUUUUACUGUAUAUUUGUGAGAUUUAUCAUACAAAACACUGAUACACACAAUAUAUCUGACAAUUCAUUAAGUUUCUCUGUUUCCAUAAUAAAUAACUCUCCGUAAUACCAUAACUGAAUGUCUAAAUUAGUAAUACCCACGUAACAAUCUAUAAUUGUAUCUGGCAGCAAGGCACAAACACAGCUGCCUACAUUAACUUACAAAUGAAUUUUUCUUCAACUUUGCACUAGAGGAAAACAUAAUAUUUUACUGUUGAGCUUCAGUUGAGGUCGAUGCAUUUCUGCUGACCUCAAGACACAAAAUAAGAACUGAACUGAUUGCACAAGUAGUAAGUUCUGACUACACUAAUAUGACACCAUUACAUUCAUGUGCUGCCUUGUUCAAAGUGUAUAAACUGGUGUGUAUUUGCGUAGGACUGUUUUCCAUGUAAAUUAAGAGUAAGUUAUGUUUACUUUAUUUUGAGUCAUUUGGAAAUUAUGUUUAUAGUAGCACCAUCUAACCCAAUGCACCCAAUUAACUUAUUCAUUUGUUACUUCUACUGAAUCCCCAACAGGUCUUCACUGCAUUUAACACUGCUUUGUCUUUACGUUGGCACAUAUGGUAUGUUUUUGUCUUCAGUCUUCAUUGUGCUACACAUUGUGACUUGUCAAAAAUAUUUAUAUAUGUAUGUAGUUGAAAGUAAUUGUGCCUUAGAUGAUGAUCGCUAGUCUCAUUUUUUUCCUGAAGUCAGCAGCAAGAACAUUUUUGAUUCAAUUAAAAAUCCAGAAUGUCAAUCUAAUCCUCCAGAGUUAUAAGAAAAUUUUACGGACUGAAGUUGAUGCCAGGGAAAAGUGCUGCCAUGCCUUGGUGUAAAAUAUGUGUUGAUCCUAUGGAGUUUAAUGUUUAAGUUGUUACUGUUAAACUAUGUUUUCUAUUUUAAAAUUAGUAAAUUAUGUGUUCAUUUGAUGAAUGUUUUUUUUUUUUCUUGAAAGAGAGAUUUGUGUGCAACACACACAAACUAUGAGUACAAAUAGUACCUAGUUGUAAUAUUGUGAUAUUGGUUGUAAAACCUGUUUAUAUUUAAUAAAUCUGCUGUUUGAAUUCAGAUGUAAAUUGAAUAUCUAAAAGUUUGUAUGUAUAACUGAGAUUAAGUGGUAUGUUUUUUUGUGAUUUUUACAUUUAUUUCUUAAAAAAAUAUCAUUAGUUCAUAACCUGUACUGUUACUAGACACACCUGUAUUUCACCUUUACACAUUAUAUUAUCUAUAUACAUAAACAAUUAUAGCCUCCUAUCACUUUUAUGAUUGGUAGAAUAUUGUUUAUUUUAAUGUGAAUCUUGAAUGUUUGGUACUAACACUAAGUACUGUAACCACUUUCUCGUUGGCCCAGUCAAAUGCUGAAAAGCAUCUCUCAUAGACCAAAGCCAGUAACAAAACAGAUUCUGCAAAACCUAACACAUUGUGUCAAAGUGUAAACAUACAGUCAAAUCUCCAAUUAAAUAUGGUUGUGUGUAGCAAUGGCGUAUUUGGAGUUGUGUGCUUUCGUUAGUUGAGUUAUAAAGUUAAGAGUAUUUUUUUUUUAAAUAGCUUAUGUUGGUUUUUUGGCGAUACUCAUUGUUAUGCAUCGGUUUAUGAAAUGUUGAGCCAAUCACAGUUUCAUUAUGUACAUCUUCUAGAAAGUCUGAUCAUAUAAUUUGUUUUUAAAAAACAGUAUUUGUUUCAAAACUGGCUCACUAUGAUAAACAUAUAUUUUUCAGCUUAGUAUUCUGAAUCAUUGGUAAGGAUUAAGGUAACCAACUGCAUUGAUUAGCUCCUUAUCAAUCGUAACUCUCUCUGACAGUGUAAAUUACACUGGAGCUGUGCCGAUUUUAACCUGCUGCUGCCAAAUACACUGAUGUUGACAGAAGCUACCCCUCUUCAUAGGUGCUAUGUACAAAUACCUAAUUUUUCACUCUUUCAACACCAAAAAUGUUAUUUUAUAAUUAAUAUUUACUAUGGUAUAUUAACUGCAUUAUUUAUUAUAGUUAUUGCAUAGCUUGUUUUAAAAAAGUUCACGCAAACUGUACCUUAUUUAGAUGUGAUUAUGUUUUAUGAUAUAGCAUAAUGUAAUAUUUACUACCUAAUUAGUGCUGGGCCAAUAUGAUUUUGACUAUAUUUCAAUAUUGCCUAAAUUUUUGAUGUAAGCAUAUUAAAACUUACAUUUCACUUGGAAGCAAAAGACAUAUUUUGUUGAGUUAAUUAAUUAACAGCAGUUUAUGUUUCAGUUAGGUAACAAUAUAACUGAAUUAGGGUUUUUUAUUUAAUUUAUGUAAUAUGUACAUUACUUUUUCAUGCAGCUUAUCAGAUAAAUGAUUCAUAGAUGGCAGCUGUCUUCUGCCAAAAUUAUAACUACAGUCAAACCUCGAUUCUACGUACACUCACGGUUCUCCAAAAUUUGUCUGUACGACCGAGUUGUACGUACGAACCAGUGAGGCCAAAUUACGUCCAUUUGUGGCUACUCCCCCCCCCCCCCCCCCCCCUCCAUCAUUUUUCCCACCGCUGCCACGGGAAAUGAAUUGCCGUUUCCAUGUCUAUACACGGCACGUACAUGUGCGUGCCUUUGGCAAACAAGUAAAUUUUUUACAUCUAUGUAUGUUUAUUGUGCUGGAAUUAACGCAUAACAUAUUUGCUCAAAUAAAAAAAUUACAGUGGGUUCUUAAUAAAUGUAGAUAAGAUUAGCUAGUAGGCCUAAAAACAUCAUGCAGACCUGCCAACUCUCACGAUUUUGGUGUGAGGCUCACGAUUUUAAGGUCCAUCUCACGCCCUCACGCCAAAAUAGUGUUUCCUCACGAUUUUUCGGGGCCCCAAGAUUUUGUUUGUAAAAGUUACAAAACAAGUUUUACGAAAGCUUACAGUAACGAGUUUCCAUCAAUACUCGAGUCACGUAAAGGAAGCAAUUUUGCGUUUUGUAGCGUGUGCCAUGCUGAUUUUUCUAUCUCGCAUAGUGGAAGAGGAGACAUUGUGAAACAUGUCGCUACAAAAAAACACAACUAACACGUGAAGUGUAUUGCUUCCAAUAAAAAAAUUAAUUUUGCUGUGAACAGUGAUAAUAGUGUUACACGAGCAGAAUGUUAUUUUACAUCUUUUUUAGUUGCGGCCCUGCAUGAUCACUACACGACAGCGCUAAAUUAUGUUCAACUAAAUUAAAUCUGCAACCUAUAAUUUGUUAAAAUAAAUUUUGAAGCAGAGACCAUGUAACAUAUGGAUGGGUAUGUCACUUAAAUUUUAAGAUUCUCAUUUGUUAUUUUUAUAUCUAACCUGUGUUUAUGGGCCUGAAAAUUUUUAUCGAGGACCUCAUGAUUUUUUAAAUUUGAAUGUUGGCAGGUCUGAUCAUGAAAAACGUAACGUUUAUAGGCUGCAAUGAGCAUUUUAAAUCGCAAAAUAUAUAUAUUUUAUAGAAAAGUUUAUUUUAUUUGGUAUUUUUCCAUAAGCGUAAUACCUUUUCUCUUGCUUCCGCUCAUGAUGUACGAAAUGCGUGUCCAAAAAGUAGCGAAGGUCUUCCAAAAACCGAAGCAAAAUAAAUCCAAGUAAUGAAACAAAAAAUCUAAAUCCAGAUGAAAUUCGUUGCCAAGUCAAGAAAAAGAAAUCCAAAGUAAUCCAACCAAAAUCCAAAUCGUAGUCAGUUAAGAGUAGCAAUAAGUCCGAGUAAUUAUAGCACGAGGGAAAAAUGUAAACUCACGAAUGUAUGAACGUAACGGAAAUAUUACGUGGCUUGUAAGUUCCGAUACUGUAUUUAUUUCAUAACUUAGCCGAAAUACUGGUACGUAUGAGAUAUAAUCUUCACAAAAUAAAAUGAGCGGUGUCUUAUAACUGUUUUAUACGUAUUUUAUAAUUUAAGAAGUAUUACACAGUUGAUGCAUAUUUUUUAACUAACCAUUUAUUUCUGGGGAUUGUAAAUAAUUAAUCAUUGGUAUCAAGACAUCAAGAUGAACGUAAACUUGAACAUGUCACGGCAGCGAGAAAACUGGUGCGUACACCAAUAAACUGGUAUUCGAACUGGACAAAACUGGUACACGGGAGGUGGAGCUUAUAUUUUUUUCCGCUAAGCUCGCGUCUAUUGGCUGGCUGCUGAUGGAACGUCACGAGUCUGGGCGGAGCGUAGAGUGAGUUAUACUGCGCAUGCGCAGCUCAGGGAACAAAGAGAGCCAGCCGGCUACGCCGCGCCAUAACAAAAGCUGACCGAAUACAAUGACCUUUCUCCGCGUACGGCGCGCUAUUGACGGUAAAUUCCAUCAAUUUGCGGCUUUUUAUUUUUUACUGUGUAUGUAGCCCAUAUUUGUUAUAAACGCUGCAGGUUACGACUGUAUUUUAAUAAACUUUAACGUAUUUCUUACACUUUUCAUAUUUUUUAACUUUUUUUUUAAUUUUUGGCCUUAUUUUUCACGGUUUCUGAAAUCUGUACGUACGACCGAGGUGUAUGUACGAACCGGGGGCCGUACGAGUGAGGUUUGACUGUACAUGUUAUUAAAAUGCAUACAAACACAUUGCUUAAGUUUUACUUCAAACAGCUAUCAGCCCGUAACUAAUAUAUAUUAUUAAGUUUGUUUUAUUUUUUCUCUACAAACACAUGCAGAAUAGAGAUAUAGGUAGAAGUGCAGUGGGGGGUAAGGCUGUUAUUUGUCUCCAGUACAGUUAGAAAUCGGUACAGCUCUAGUUCAUAGUUAACAAAUAAAUCCAUUAUCAGUAUCAGUCAGCAAAGUCUCGAAUGUUAGCUGUUAGUCUGAAUCAGUUUGUGUAUUAUAAGUGAAGACUCAAAGUUGAAUUAGUAGUUUGUCACUGUAUCACCGUCACGUAUUCUUACUUAGAUGCUGCAUUGUUAUGUGUUUUUUUUUUACUAGCAUUAUAACAGCAAUUAAAUAUAUUCAUUAUUACCAUUUGAUAUGUAUAUUUUAAUAUGGUUAUGUUACAGUAGUUUGAAACUCUGUUAUAACAAAGGUAGUGCAAAAAUACUGUGUUAUUAUACGGAAUCUUAUUCAACCCUCAACAGUGGAAGGAAAGAUGUUUGUAAUUAAAUCAUGUUGCUUAAGAAACAGUACAAUGUAAGUGUCAAGAAACAAAAUAUAAAUAUUUUAACACACGUUUCAUUUUUACCCUAUAUUAUGUAUUGAAAGAGAGACUGUAAUAUAUUUUCAUCGCCUAUUUAACGUUCAAUUAAUAUUUUAAUAAUUUAAGAGUACUUAAGCUGGAUUGUUUGGAAUAUUUUUUUAUAAUGAGGACUUUAACAGUAUUGUCUUUUAAGUGACCAUAUGUUUACAGUAUUUAAUUGGGAUAAUACUUUUUAAUAAACUAUUUUCAACAGUGCUACUCUAUUAUAACAGAUUCACUUUCUUUGUACCAUCUGCCCAGUGGCAGAUACAGCAAUUUAUUUUGAAAAGGGAUUUGCAAAAAAAAAAAAAAAUAGUGUUCAAAAGUCUUAUGUCAACAACAGUUUUUUUGGACAGUUACAUUGUUACAUUCCGAAUUGGCCUGGCUCGGCAACCCGGAAUAAUAAUUAAUACAAAUUUUUCACUUUUCGAGUUUUGUUCCGAUUUAUUGUUUUUGAACUUCACAUUGUUUUCAAUUUUACAUUUUAAAGAGAGUUGCCGCUGCGGUUGGACGUCACACCGGUCCGACGAUGACUCGACUACUACAUAACUGACCACUGCCGACUGCCGCCGACUACUGACGACGACUGACUGUAGACUACCACUGACCACUGACCACGCACCAUGCAGUUACCGUCCCUUUUCAAGACAAAACAAAGGGAGGCAAGCCCGUGGACCGACUGACCAAUCACAAUAUUUUAUGAAAAAUACUGGCCUGGGAGACACAUCACACCAUCUCAAGGUUCGCCCUGAUUGGCUGGGGUGACAACACCCAGCGAAAUUUCCAGUUUCUUGGUGCGUAGUAACACGUCCACGUGCUGGGAUUUUCCAACAACGCACUAUCUUGAGGAAUGACAAAUACCUUGUUGACGACAGUUGGUUGCGUCUGUGUCUUCCUUUCUUUUACAAUUUUCUAGAAUGUUCUUAUUCUCGCUGCCCAGAAUAUGCUUUUAAAUUUAACAAAACGUUAUUAAUACAUAUUAUAAUUUUAAGUAAUUAAGUAAAUUAUAAUGAAACAAUAAAACACUAAAUUCAGUUAAACAUAACCCAAAUUAAUAAUAACUAUCAAAACUCAAAUGAAAUACCUGAAAUGCCUAAGCAUAAUAAACAAGACAUUAAUAUAAAUAAUUAUAAACCAUUCAAAAAUAAAUAUUAACAUAAAACAUUCUCAUAUAAAAUGUUAUUUGUAGUAGGGGGCAGGGAUUCUGCAAUGUUACAACAUUAUCUCACUCAACGUGCAUCACUGCCUUCGUUGUGAUUUUAGGUGUUGUAAUAGCGCGCCCUGCAUCACCCAAAAUGAAAUACUGCUUUCAGAUCUCGCAUAUUUUUUCAUAACUUUGCGGGGGGGAUAUUCUCCCUACACCCUUCCACUGCAUUCGCCACUGAAUCUACCAGUAGUUACUGUGACUCUUGCAUGUUUGGUGGUCUAACAAAAAACAUUGAUAUCCACCAAAAUUCAUUAGUCUUUGUCUGUUCAAUUACAGGUUAUGUUUAUUAAAACUUGUUUAUCAACUGUGAUUCAUUAUGGUGAAUGUUUCUGUUAAGAAUCUCUUAAAAUUUAAAAAUUAUAACAUUUAGAAUUGUUUAUAUAGAUAUUGUAAAUUUUUUUAUAGGCUCAUAAUUUAUUUUGAAUUUGUGACAUACUAUUAGUGUUUAACUACUUGUAAAGUUUUUUUGUUUUAUUAACAAUUUUUGUUACUUGUUACUACUACUUUGUAAGUGAAUUUAAUGAAAAUAUGUGUGUGUGUUCAAAGUUUAUGCACUGACAUUGAAGUUUGUGCACCCAUGUAUCCUGAUUAAUUACCUCAUUGUUGUUAAAGCUCAUUGUAGUUGACUACUGAUGAUUGCACUUACAGUGUUUACUUUUAUAAUACAAAUGUAUGAAUCUGAUGUAGAUUAAAGAAAAGUAAUUCACUCUA